AUGCAGUAUCUUUCAGGACAACCUAACAUUGUGGAGAUCAAAGGAGCUUAUGAAGACAGACAAAGUGUUCAUCUUGUAAUGGAGCUUUGCGAAGGCGGCGAGCUCUUUGAUAAGAUUACUAAAAGAGGUCAUUACUCAGAGAAAGCAGCCGCAGAGAUCAUCAGAUGUGUGGUUAAAGCUGUACAGAUUUGUCAUUUCAUGGGUGUGAUUCAUCGCGAUCUUAAACCCGAAAACUUCUUGUUAUCUGGUAAAGAUGAAGCUUCCUCAAUGCUCAAGGCUACUGAUUUUGGCGUCUCUGUUUUCAUAGAAGAAGGGAAAGUGUACGAAGACAUUGUAGGAAGUGCAUAUUAUGUUGCACCGGAGGUUUUGAAGAGAAACUACGGCAAAGCAAUCGAUAUUUGGAGCGCCGGAGUUAUUCUCUACAUCCUUCUCUGUGGCAUUCCUCCGUUUUGGGCUGAGACUGAUAAGGGAAUAUUUGAGGAAAUUCUGAGAGGAGAGAUUGAUUUUAAGUCGGAUCCUUGGCCGUCGAUUUCAGAAAGUGCUAAAGAUUUGGUGAGGAACAUGUUGAAAUAUGACCCCAAGAAACGGUUUACUGCGGCUCAAGUCUUAGAGCAUCCGUGGAUACGAGAAGAUGGAGAAGCUUCUGAUAAGCCGAUUGAUAGUGCGGUUUUGUCACGGAUGAAGCAACUCCGAGCUAUGAACAAGCUUAAGAAGCUUGCACUGAAAUUUAUUGCGCAAAAUCUAAAAGAAGAGGAGCUAAAGGGUCUCAAGACGAUGUUCACGAACAUAGAUACCGAUAAGAGCGGUACAAUCACGUACGAGGAAUUGAAAACCGGAUUGGAAAAACUCGGUUCAAGGUUAACCGAAACCGAAGUUAAGCAGCUCUUGGAAGAUGCUGAUGUCGAUGGGAAUGGUACGAUCGAUUAUAUUGAGUUUAUCUCGGCUACGAUGAAUCGGUACAGAGUCGAAAGAGAGGAAAAUUUGUUCAAAGCUUUUCAACAUUUCGAUAAAGAUAAUAGCGGGUCUAUUACGAUGCAUGAAUUAGAAACAACAAUGAAAGAGUAUAACAUGGAUGAGGCCAUGAUUAAGGAGAUUAUAUCAGAAGUUGAUGCUGAUAAUGGUUUCGUCUUUCACUGUAAUGUAGUACAAAUUUUUGAGAUUUAUCAUCGAAUCGAGGCCAAGGCGAUUCCUUUUUCUCGAAUUGAAUCAGAUAGAAGUUUGCUAGUCGCAUUGCGUUUGGUCAUGUAUUCUCUGAUUCUCCAUGGAAGAAGGUUGGUCCUCGAGUUGCAGAAAUGUCGUCAUUUGAGAGUUUCUUCAGUGAACCUUUGCGAAAAUGGAUCUCCUUUUUCCUAUUCGUUCUCCUCUGCAAGUUCUGCUGCAGUUGCGACCCUUGAAGAUGGUCGAAAGGAGAAGACUUUCACAGUCUCUUACCUCGUUGACUCUCUGGGUUUUACUAGGAAACUCGCAGAAUCAAUCUCAAGGAAAGUCAGCUCCGAGGGUAAGGGUGAUCCUGAUUCUGUUUUGAGUCUUCUUAAAGGUCAUGGCUUUACAGAUUCUCAGAUCUCCGGCAUCGUUAGGAAUUACCCAAGAUUGCUUAUAGCAGAUGCUGAGAAAUCACUUGCUCCCAAGCUUCAGUUUUUGCAGUCAAGAGGAGCUUCAACCUCUGAGCUCACUGAGAUUCUUACAAAAGUUCCAAAAAUGUUGGGAAUCAAAAAGGAAAAAGCUAUCAGCGUUUACUAUGAUUUCGUCAAAGAGAUUGUAGAAGCUGAUAAGAGCUCAAAGUUUGAAACUUUAUGUCAUUCUUCUUUGCGAUUGCGACAAGGAAGAUUUGAAGAAUCCCUCAAGAAGGUUGUUGAGAUGGGUUUUGAUCCAACAACCUCAAGGUUUAUCGAAGCUCUACAUGCGGUUUACCAAUUGAGUGACAAAACAAUACAAGAGAAGGUCAAUGUGUAUAAAGGUUUAGGCUUUGAUGUGGGAGAGGUAUGGGAGAUGUUCAAAAAGUGGCCUUCCUUUCUGAAUUUCUCGGAGAAGCAUAUAGUGAACUCCAUGGAAACAUUUCUAGGCCUCGGAUUCAGCAGAGAUGAGUUCACGAAGAUGGUCAAGUGCCGUCCUUCGUGCAUUGGAUACUCUGCAGAGACGGUGAAGAAGAAGACUGAGUUUCUUGUGAAGAAGAUGAAUUGGCCACUAAAGUCUGUGGUUUCGCACCCUCCGGUACUUGGAUACAGCAUGGAGAAGAGGAUUGUGCCAAGGUCUAACGUAAUCAAAGCUCUCAUGUCCAAAGGAUUGCUCACAAGUGAACUCCCUUCGAUGUCGAGGGUGUUUGCGAUUACCGAUCAAGCCUUCUUAAACAAGUACGUUAGAGAUCACAAUGACAAGGAGCUUGUGGCUGAAUUGAUGGCUAUCUUCACCAGAGAUCAUGCUUCAUAG